AAAAGAGUUUGGUAUAUAGUGUUUUUAAAUAAUCAUCAUACACCAAAAUACAAGUAACAAGCAACAUCAUAGAGUAUUCAACACUUCAUGCAUCUUCCAAACACAAAACCCUUUCUUAAUCCUUUUUACUAUAUAUCUACAAACCCUAGAUUAGUAAACUUCAUAUAUAUAGCUUUUGAUUUCAUAGUUCAAUCAUAAGAUCUUUGAUUCUUUGUCUCAAUGGAACAGGAUCAAUGUUGGAUUCAAACAAAGAGAAAGCACUCAUCAAUGAGUUCAAAUCUUGUUUCUUCACUAGCUAAUAACCUUUCUUCUUCUACUUCUUGUUAUGGUGAUUCAUGGGAAGAACAAGCUUUUGCUGAAGAUUCAGCAUGUAUAUGGCCACCAAGAUCAUAUUCUUGUAGCUUUUGUAGAAGAGAGUUUAGGUCAGCACAAGCAUUAGGUGGACAUAUGAAUGUUCAUAGAAAAGAUAGAGCAAGACUAAAACAACCUUCUAGUGAUCCACAAAAUGAUCAUCAAAUUCUUUAUCAUCAUCAUCAUCAUCAUCAUCAUCAAGAUCUUGAAUCUCAUCAUCAUCAUCAUAAUCUUCAAAAGCCACUUUAUCAAAGUUCAAAUAAUUCUUUGGCUAAUUAUAAUAAUAGCCUUUUCCCUUCUCCUAGUGUUUGUGGAUUGGUUUAUAAAACUAACCCUAAUUGUGAUCCUAAUUUUGUUGCUUCAACUUCAUCACUCUCACUUUCUAAACCUAAUGAGGAAACCCUUAUUCCAUUUUAUGAUUCUCCUUUUCCUCACCACAACAUAGUUUCUCAUCUCAAUUCAUCUAAAUCAUGGCUAAAUUUACAUGGAGAUGAUAGAUUUUGUUCAUCAAAUUUCCAACAUGAAGUUGAUCAUAAUAUUGAUAAAAAAGUUUCCAAGGGAAUGGAUUCUAGGUUUAGAGCUAAAGGGAGUGAAAAUAAUGAUGAAAGUGAUGUAUCUAUGAGUUUGAGUUUGGUUUUGUGUAGAACUCAUCAACCUUUUCAAUUUGAGAGUACUAAGGAGGAAGAUUUGAAUUGCAAGAAGAGGAAAAUUGAUGCUUCAUCAAAUCUAUUAUUAUCAAAGUCAAGUUCUUUUGAUAAACAACAUAUGCAAGCAAAGAUGUUUGAUUUUAGCCCUAGCUCAAUUGAUGAGCUGGAUCUGGAAUUAAGGCUUGGUACAAAGUCCAAGGUAUAGUAGUUAGUAGUAUAUAGAAAGAAAACUCUUCAAUUUUCUUAAUGAAUAUAGAUUCUUCUCUUUAUGUUCAUAAUUUGUGUUUUUUUUUUUAAUUUUAAUUACUUUAUAAGGAAGCUUUUCAUCAUGUUUGAUUUGUUUUUCUCAUGAGUUCAGUCUCAGAUAUCUGCAAAAGUUGUCAUGAUAACAUUACUGCCACUAAAAAGAAGGGCUUGUAAACUUCUUCUUGUUAGAUAGUGUGGCCAAAAUGUUUGAUUGUUUUGAAUAACUUCAAAAUUCAUGACAUUGUAAUUGAUGUUUCCAUUGAUAUUUACUAUGAUCAUAUUAUAUAUGAAAAAAAAUUCAAUACA